AUGAGCUGGGGUGUUCCUUCAGAGAGGCUGGAACGCUUGGCGGUGGUGCGUUUGAAUGCGGCAGAGCCGUGGCGUGGACUGCGCCUCAACUGUGGGGGCACUGAGGGGAACAGAGCCAUGAGUAAACGCUUCACACUCUGCAUGUGCCUUGAGGCGCAGCAGGACCGAGAAGAGGGCUCCCGUGAGCCCAGUUUGGACCCAGGUGCUAUUUUCCCAAGUGACGGAGGGAAGGCGUGA